CAGGGUUCCAAGAAUCCAAGAGAAGGGCACAGACUUAUAGACCAAGCUGGUGGCUGUUUUUGUACAAAGUGUGAUCAAAUAAUAGAAUCGUAUUGUUGGAAGAGAAGGCAAAAGCCAUCAGGUCCAACCACCUUGAGGAAAGUGAAUGGUAUCUUGGAGAAAAUGUAACCGCUUCUGGGUGCCUUUGUUGUUGUGUUUUCUUGCAGGUCUGGACGCUCUUAUGGAGGCCACGCUAUCCAUCCAAAGACCUCCUUGGCAUCUGGUCACUCUCCAUUCAUGUCAAUGCACCUUGUGACAGAUGAACGUGGAUGUGGGACUGCGCUAUAUAUCCCAUUAGUUGUGGCUUCUCUCCAUAUCUUCCCCUCUGGCUUUGUCCUAAGUCUCUCUAAGACUCACCAGGAUGGCAUGGAGGGCUCUCCUCUUCUUGGCCUUCUUGGCUUGUGGCUCGUCUCAGAGACCUUUGUCAUCGGACGGUAACGGCAUCGACGGGGAUGAUGGGCACCACCAGGACAGCCCCGGCCUCAUCCACUGCGGCGAGUACAGCAACCAGGUCCUGCCCAACGGGAGGUGCAAGAUCGUGGCCACGUUGCCGCAGCUGGACGAACAGCGGUGCCCAGACAUGUUCCGCUGCACCGACGAAGUGUCCUACUGGCUGCAUGAGAACGAGGAGCGGAAGCAGCAGAUCCUGGAGCUGCGGGAGCUCAUCUCGGAGCUUCAGGAGGAGCUGAGGAACCACCGGCACCGCAUCAAAAUCCUGGAGCUGCAGCAUGAGGAGAAGUCCAGCCGCAACUCUUCGGUGGAGCAGCGGGUGCAGGACCUGGAGCAGCGGGCCCAUGAGGCGGCCGCCGUGCAACACAUGCAGGCCACGCUGCUCUACAACAUGCAGGCCCAGGUGCACAACAUUUCCGUCCUGAUGGAGUGGGUACGACACAACCCAGGGUGCCUGGUCCCCGUCGACAUGCGUCUCCAGCAGGAGAUGAUGCACUACCCAGAUACGAAGCACGGCAAGAACUGCCCCAUCGACUGCGCCUCCAUCUACUACAAUGGGAUCCGUCGGUCGGGCAUCUACAGCAUCAUGCCUUCUGCAGAAGGGUUGCCUAUCGAAGUGCUGUGCGAAAUGGAUGUCGAAGGUGGUGGUUGGACGGUCAUCCAGCGACGCUUGGACGGCACAGUCGACUUCAACCGGACUUGGAACGAGUACAAAGAUGGAUUUGGGGAUCUCAAUGGCGAGUUCUGGAUGGGCAACGAGAACAUCCACAAGAUCACCAACCAAGGGGACUACUCUCUUCGCAUCGACAUGGAGGACUGGAACAAUAAGCACAAGCAUGCCUUUUACCAGCUUUUCAGCAUUGAGGACGAGGUGAACUAUUACCGUCUCCAGGUGGAAGGCUUCAGUGGGACGGUGGAGGACUCGUUCGCCUGGUACCACAACAAGAGGGGCUUCAGCACACCCGACUCGGGGAACAUCUGCGCCGCCAUCUCCCACGGAGGAUGGUGGUACCACCAGUGCUUCUUCUCCAACCUCAACGGGGUUUACUACAAGGGAGGCAGAUACUCCUUGAAAAGCCGCAAGAUCCUGGGUCCGGACGGUGUGGUCUGGUACACCUGGAAGGACACAGAUUACUACUCCCUCAAGAGGGUCACCAUGAUGAUCCGGCCACGCACCUUCCGGCCCCAUCUCUCCCCGUGAAGGCCAUCCAGAGCUUCUUUUAAUCCGAACACCCAUUGACUGCUCCAGAUGAAGACAUGGCAUCCGGGAAAUGAUGCCAACAGCAGCCUUGGGACAUCUCAUGGGCGAAGCAUGCUGCUGAGGAUUUGACCAGCCGGUCAGUUCCUGAAAGAUGGACGUUCCUAUGGCCAUGACUUGGGAAUCACGAGGCUUCUCAUCACUUCUCGCUGCCAAUUUGAGAUGGACCGCAGAGGAAAACCAGCUCUGUCUAAGAUGUGUCUAUGCUGCACGAAUGAGACAGGAAGAAGCUUCCCAUCACUUCAUGUUGCUAUUUUGAGAUGGACUUCAGAGGGUGCAAGUGAAACAAGAAAUUGCUUUCUAUCUCAUCCUGUCAGCAUUUUGAGAAGGAUUGCUGAAGAAAGCCAACUAUGCCUGGUUUCUUUUUAUUGUGUCAGACGCAACUUGAGAACAUACUGUAAGUUGCUUCUUGGUGUGAGAGAAUUGCCCAGGGGAUGCCUGGAUAUGUUACCAUCCUGCUGGGAGGCUUUAUUUAUUUACAAUAUUUAUUUACAGUAUUUAUAUUCUGCCCUUCUCACCCUGAAGGGGACUCAGGGCGGAUCACAUUACACAUAUAAGGCAAACAUUCAAUGCCAUAACAUAGAACAGAGACAGAGACAGAUGCAGGCACUGCGCUGGCCUCGAACUUAUGACCUCUUGGUCAGAGUGAUUUCUUGCAGCUGGCUGCUAUCCAGCCUGCACCACAGCCCGGCCUCACUCAUGUUCCUGCAAACUAGAGCUGACAGACAGAAGCUCACCCUGUCUCACGGAUUUGAACCGGCAACCUUCAGGUUUGCAACCCAACCUUCAGGUCAGCAGUUCAGCCAGCACAAGGGUUUAACCCAUUGCACCACCACGGCUCCUGGAGGUCUCUAAACUAUGCCUGGUGAUGUCUCCACUUUGCACAAAGGAGGAAGGAAGUGGGAGGUAGGAGGAAAAAAACAGAGCGUGCAUUGCAAGCAGAGAGACUCUGGCCCCAUCUACACUGCUGCCUAAAAUCCAGUUUCCGAAUCCAAAUUACCUGCUUUGGACUGUAUUAUAUGGCAGUGUUGAUAUAAUCCAAAUCAGAAAAUCUGGAUUUGGAAACUGGAUUACAUGGCAGUAUGGAUCCAGCCUCUAUCCAAGAAGCCAUGGCUGCGCUGGGUUUGCAAGACCUGAGCUGGGCAGCAGAAGUCCAGCCUUCUUGGAGGACUUGUGGUCAGAAAAGCCAACUUGAAAAGCCAACCGCAAAUAUCGGAGACAUACUGUGUUGCCCAGAUAAAAGAAGUUGGACUUUUGCUGGACAGUCUUUUGUGCGAUAUGUUUCUGGAGGGGUUUGGGAAUUGGAGGCACUGUGAUGCAAUGGUUCCGGUCAUCUCAGGCUUGUUCCAGGUGGUGGCACUUGGGGAGAGCUGCUCCUCAAAAAAGGCAUCGUCCCACAAGGUGCUAUUCUAUCCCCACUGCUCUUUAAUAUAGACAUGAAACCCCAGGGAGAGAUCAACCAAAGACAUGGGGUGAGUGAGGUGUUAUCAGUAUGCUCCUGAUCCCCAAAGCAUUUUUCCAUGUCUUCAGCUAAGGAGAGCAUGUCUCCUCUGAAGGAAUGCCUGGAGGAUGAAAUGGGCUGGAUGAGGAGAAAUGCAUUGAAACUGAAUCCAGGCAAAAUAGAGGUGCUUGCGAUCAAAGGUGGUAUCAUAAAAACGGGGGAAAAGUUUAUUAAACUGCAAAAAAAAUUGUUUUGCAGGAGGGACAUCCCGUAGCACAUUUUGGUCUCGUUUUUUAGUGCAUAACAAUGAGUUAUUGAGUCUCAACAAAUUCAACAUAGUUUGUGGCAGCCAAAAAAAAAUCUUUCUGGAAUAUUUAUUUACCGUAUUUAUACCCCACCCUUAUCACCCCAAAGGGGACUCAGAGCAGCUUAUAAACACACAUAUAUAGCAAACAUUCAAUGCCGAUUAUACACUUAAGAAGGACAGACAACAUAGACAGAGGUAAAGGCAGAUUUUCCCAUCUUAUUUUCAGCAUCUUGGAGACUGUGUUCGACUCUGGCUACAGGAGAUGCCUUCACUCCAUCUUCCAUGUUGAGGAGCUAAGGGCGCCUUUAUUAUCUCCCUGCUAAAAAGCAGUACCUAUUUAUCUACUCGCAUUUCUGCUUUCGACUUGCUAGGUGAGCAGGUGAGCUGGAGCUAACAGCAGGUGCUCACCCAGACCAAGGCUCAAACUGCUGACCUUUUGAUUGGCAGGAUUUUUCUGCAGCACAGCAGAAAAUUACUUACAGCACAAUUACUUUCAAAGUAAGGUCCACACAAUUAAUCAGGACAUAACAUUUUAAAGCCAGGAGCAGAUAAUCAUUCCAAUUUUGUUCUAUAGUGUUAUCAGCUUUGGCUGAAACGUCAGGAGUGCCUCUCCUAGGAUCCAAGGAUCUCAAGACGGAGGGACAUUGACGGCUGGACUUCUUCAAUGUGCUCUGUAUUGGGCUCCCUUUGAACCAAGUUUGGAAACUUCAGUUGGCUCAAAACACAGACUAGUGACAAGAACACCUUGUAACAUCCAGAAGUGACUGUAUUACACCUAUCCUAAAGUCACUCCACUGGCUGCCAAUGAGUUUCCAGGAAAAGGACAAAGUGUUGGCUUUGACUUUUAGAGACCUACAUGUUUUGGGUCCAGGUUCCUACAGGAUGGCCUUCUCUUGCCCCGUUGGACAAUGAGGUCCUUUAGAUUUUAUAUUUAUUUUAACCAGCCAGAACCCAACUGGCCACUGUAACCCAGAGGACCCCUUCAUUGGCUGCCCCAAAAGAAGACUGAAAUGACCACCCGGAAGAAGCGAUCCCAUAGCAGCUACAUCAGAGACAAUUGAAGACCUAUCUCCAUAUCCCUUCCGGCAGACCUACUCAGUCAAUGUUUAACUAUGAAUUUUAAACUCAUGUCCUGUGUUUACUGUAUUUUAAUCUUUAUUUUGUGUAUUGUAAUAUACAUGUAUUUCAUAUAAAUAUGUUUCAAUAUACGCAUUUUACAUAAUGUGUCAUAAUGUGCUUUUAAAUGUAUUCUGCCAUGCCUUGAGGAGAGGUGGGCAAGAUAUAAAAUGAUUAUA